AUGAGGGAAUCAGGCGCCACCAUAUGCGAAUUCUCAAUUUUCUUUGACUUUGCAGUACACGAAGCGGAUAAGUCUUUAAUGUCAAAACUUAUAUAUCUCUCAUCUCAUAUCUCUCAUUCAGAAUGCCCCGUUGCCAUGGAUGUAGCGUUCAUGAUUGACGUGUCAGGAAGCAUUAUGCAACCAGACUUGGCUGCUUUGAAAACCUUGAUCAGUAAAGUUAUCUCACAAUUUGUAAUAACAGCUGAUGGGGCUCACGUGGCGUUGAUGACUUUUGCAGAUACCCCCAAUGAUCAAUACUAUUUUAAAGAUAAACAGAAUAUUUUUUCAAUCCAAGAGGCUGUACAGGGUUUAUCUCACCCCGGAGGAGGAUCAAAGAUGGUUGUAGCUUUUAAGGAGGCUCGCAAAUUAUUUUCAGAAGCUGCAGGUGGAAGAGAUUUCGUUACACGUGUGCUUGUCAUUGCCACUGAUGCUGACUUCUAUGAGAACGAUUUCAAGCUGGCUGUGAACUCUUCACAACAAGUCAAAAAUGAUGGGAUUAUCAUCAUUGGCCUAGGAAUCAGCUCCCAAGUUAAACCGAUAAUGUUAAAAGCGCUUGCUUCCUCAGAGGAGCAGAUUUUGCUGGUUCCCCACAGCGCCUCACCUGUUAAAAAAGAUAUCGCGGGUGAUCUUAUUUCAAUGAUAUGCGAAGUUGCUAGAAAACCAGAAGCAAUCGUUUCUUUGAGGAUGGAAGGGUCUGCUUUACAAGGUCACGUGAUCAAGUCUAUGAACUCAGAUAAUGAGUUGCUAUGUGCGUUGGCGUGUCUGAACACCAGAAACUGUUUCUCGUUCAACUACAGUAUGAAGAGCCAACUCUGUGAACUGAACCAUACAAACAGGCUUACAUCAUCCGAUGAUUUGAUCUUAAAUCCUGAUUCUGCACACUACGAAAUGGUUUUCAAUUAAUAAUUUACUCUCAGCUGUCUACAGUCGUCUCUGGAAACGAACAAGUAGACUAUUUGUGGCGACAGACAUGAAGGAAGUUAACUGCCGCUUUUUCAGCGUGACAUAGGAGCCAGGAACUUAAACAUCAUUAGCUAUUGAAUGUCGACGUCAGUAGAUGAGGAAUUCACCAUCGAUAGCCAAGAACCUGCGUAAUCGUUGUCGCAAAGACACUAAAUAAGAUAUUUAUGCCAAAAUCAUCGAAUGCGUACAUAAACGUUGGUAAUAAUUCAGGUUGAUUUGUGCAUUGGAACACUGAAGUCUAAGUAUGCGUCUUAGGUCACCUAGAUUGGAAAACAGUUCGAAGAGAAUCGAGGAAAGCCGUCGCUACGAGUUAGUUUGUCGAAAAAAAGAAACCUUCAGUAAAUAUGCUCGCGGGAACGUGAAAAUAGAACACACAUAAUUGUUCGGUAAAAAAGCAAAGUUCAAUUGAGCGUCGAAAGUAAUUGGGGAUUGCUUUGGUAUUGUAUACUUUCGUUAUGUGAUUGGUCCAGAAAACUCGCGCCACUCUCUCAACCAAUCAGAUUCAAAACUAACACCAAUCGCGACUUGGUCACUCGCGUUUUAGAAAGUUUGUUUGUUUUUACUGGAGUUCUCAUUUGUUCCUGGUGAUAUUUUCUUUACCGUUAUUAGACGUUGAGAUUGCUUUGGUUCUUGGUUUUAUGACACUAAAUCAAAAUGCACUCUGUAAAGAGAAAAUGUAGCUAUGUGUGUCCUUUCUCUCAGUAAUUCAUCAUUAAAUUCUUUGGGACACAACAG